AUGAACUUCAAAAUACUUAAAAAUAUAAAGAGGUACGAUAAGAUUUUCCAUGAAAAGAAAAAAUAUAUUGCUACUGAAUCUAUAAUAAAAAAUUCCUAUUUAACAAAAGAAUAUUUUGAUAAAAGCAAAAAAAAACAAAUCAAUCUUUUUAAUUUUGUACCACCUGAAAAUUUUAUAUCUUCUUAUUUUGAAAAACUAGAUAAAUGUUAUUCAAAUCCAAGAUCUAUUUUAAGAUUGUACAAAGAUUAUAUUGAGAAAGAAGAUUAUCCAAAUUACAAUUGGUUAGUUAGAUGUUUUUGCCAGUUAGCAAAUGUAUUUGGUUUUAAUUCAUUUUGGAGCGUUAAAGAUAAAGAAGCAAUUCAUGAUUUAAAACUAUUUAAAUAUUUAGUGUAUGAUUUAAUUGAAAAAAAAGAAUUGAUUAAACCGAGGCAUUGUCCUCGAAUGCUUUAUGCAAUGUGUUGCUUAGAUUAUAGAUGUUAUUUUCUUAUUCCUACGAUUUUAGAAAUAAUUGAAAAAAACUUAGAAAGAUUUAGAAUUCCUACAUUAUGUAUGAUAAGUUUCUGUUUAUCAUAUUUAGGUUUAACAAAUAAAAAUGUCCAAUUUGGUUCAGAAAAUAAUUUAUCAAGAAGUUAUAAUUUAAUAAUAAAAGUAUUAAACAACAUAUAUGAGAGAAGAGAAGAAGCAAAAAAUGAUACAACAAAUUUCUGUUGGUCAUUACUAUCUUACGUUUUAGUUAUAAAUAAUAUGUACGAAUUUCCUUCAAAGGAUAAUAGUUUUUUACCAGAUAUUUUAACAAAUGCCUGUAAAUCUUUAACAAAAGAAAAUAUAUCAGAAAGUGGAUGGGUACAAUACUUUUUAUAUAUAACAUUAUAUUGUUGCGAUGUAGAAAAACCAAGUAAUGAAUUAGAAAUAAAGAAAAGUAUUCCAUUCUUCAUUCAAGAAUAUUUACAUUUAAAAUGGUUAGAUAAUAUUUUAAUAACUGCUCAAAAUCAAGGCUCAGAAAAAAUGCAAUUAGAAAUGGAAAACAUUAUACAAAAAUUAAGAUUAAAAAAUUUUUUCAUUAAUUUAUCUGUUGGAAGAAAAAUAGAUGAACAGCAUUGCUUUUUUACUUCUCAUUUUUAUAAACCUUUAAAUUUAUGUAUAGAAUAUGAUUAUUUUCAUCCAAUAGGUUUGAAUAGGCCGCUGAUUAGUGGAAUAAUAUCAUUAAAAAACAGAAUUUUUAAAAAAUUAAAUUUUAACGUUGUUAAUAUUCAUAAAUGUUUUUGGGAUAUUUUAACAGAUGAAGAAAAGGAAUCACAACUAAUUAAAAUAAUUGAAGCUUUUCAGACAAAACAAAAAGCAGACAUGCCUAAAGAAAAAGAGUAUUAUGAAGAAAAACAAUUUCAUUCUAAUAUGCUCCAUUUAAAACAUAAGAGAGUCAAAUUUCACAGUUGGCCACCAGAAAAUAUAACAAUUUAA